GGUAGCUAAAGCCAAGCCUGUGCUAUUUCCACACACCACCUCUACUCUCUCUCUCUCUCCUUUGCUGUGUGAUGAUUCGUUUCUAAACCCUAAUUCUCCUGAAGUAGGGAAUCUCAUCGAUUCCUUGUGUUUCUCUUCCAUUUCCGGUCUAAAAAUACCAUCUUUAGGAGUGUAGUGUUGCAAAUUGCUGAAGGGUUUUGUGGGGUUGGUGACUUUGAUUUCCAUGACUGCGGUUGCUGAGAUUCCCGCUGAUGCCAACAAAAUGGAUUCAAAACCUAAGGCUGAAUCUGAAUUCAGUGUCCAGAAGCUGGUUGACAUGUUCACAAAGUUGAAUCCUUUGGCGAAGGAGUUUUUUCCUUCAUCAUAUUCUCCCAAUCAUGAUCAUCGUCUUCAGGGCUUUAAUCAGCUCUCACCAACCCACUUUCUGGUCAACUCUAAGCCUUCUGCUAAUGAGAAUUUCGCAAACAAUCGAAGGAGAAGAAAUAGUUUUAACCAAGGAAGAAGGAGGGUGAGUGGAAGAUCACUAAAGGCUCAAAGAGAAGAUAGCAUUAGAAGAACAGUUUAUGUUUCUGAUAUUGAUCAGCAUGUUACUGAGGAGAGGCUUGCAGCAUUAUUCAGCAGUUGUGGACAAGUAAUUGAUUGCCGAAUUUGCGGUGACCCACAUUCAGUUCUUCGUUUUGCUUUUGUUGAGUUUGCAGAUGAGUAUGGUGCUAGAACAGCUUUAAACCUUGGGGGUACUGUACUUGGAUACUAUCCAGUGAGGGUUCUUCCUUCAAAAACUGCCAUUCUUCCUGUGAAUCCUACAUUCCUCCCUAGGUCAGAUGAUGAACGCGAAAUGUGUGCCCGAACUGUCUAUUGUACAAAUAUUGAUAAGAAGGUUUCACAAGCUGAAGUGAAGAAUUUUUUUGAAUCAGCUUGUGGUGAGGUUACGCGCCUGAGGCUUUUGGGGGACCAUGUGCAUGCAACUCGAAUUGCUUUUGUGGAAUUUGCAAUGGCUGAAAGUGCCAUUAUUGCACUAAACUGUAGUGGGAUGCUCUUGGGAACUCAGCCUAUAAGGGUAAGUCCUUCAAAGACUCCUGUGAGGCCAAGGGUCACUCGUCCGGCAUCCCAUUAACUGAUCAACAUGGUCUAAGACUAGAGAGAGAGAGGAUAUGUAGUCAACUUUCCAGUUGAGACUUGUGUGGAAAGGGUGGUGAAACUUCCCUUUGUUUCAGUAUUUCCAUCUUUUUCUGUCAACAUCCUUUUUUUUUGUCAGGGCAUAUAACUACCAUGCACUAGUUAAACUUUCCUAGCAUCCAGUCUUGAUCUUGAAACAUUUUACCGUAUCUACAUUGAAAUGGUUCAGUUUCGUGUUA